CUCGAUUUCCUUUUCUUUCCACCCCCUCACGAUCCUCUCAUCGUCCACACCACAACAGAUCUAGGGUUUUCGUAUUCUUCAAUCUUCUCUCCGAUCAAUUAACAAUGGCGUUAGAAUGGGUUGUCCUCGGCUACGCCGCCGCGGCAGAAGCAGUCAUGGUCCUUCUGCUGACCAUUCCUGGCCUUGGCCCGCUCCGAAAGGGCUUAGUCGCCGUCAUCCGUAACCUCCUCAAACCGUUCCUCUCGAUCGUCCCCUUUUGCCUCUUUCUAUUCAUGGAUAUCUACUGGAAAUACGAGCAUCGACCCAACUGUGAGGCGGAAUCGUGUACCCCAACGGAGCACUUGCGUCACCAGAAAUCCAUCAUGAAGAGCCAGCGCAACAUGUUGUUGAUCGUUAGCGCUUUGGUUUUCUAUUGGCUGUUGUUUUCCGUCACGCACUUGGUUAUUAAGAUCGAUCAGUUGAAUAACAGGGUUGAGAAGCUGAAGAACCAGUAAUGAUGUGAUGGAUUUAAUCGAAUCGGUACUUUUCCACUAUUUUCAAAUCUACUGUUAUGGGGAAAAAAAAGUUUGCGUUUCAAUUUUUCUGUUAUAAUCGGUAGUUUUUAAGCUUUGAUGUUCUAGACCUUUAUAUAUAAAUGGAUCCUUACAAUUAAGUUGA